AUGGCGAAAAAUGAUGAUACAUUAUUACAAAAUAGAAGUAAAAUGAAAGCGGAAUCGUACUUAAAAGAAAAACAUGUAAUGCCCUUGGUGAACCAUUUAACCAGUGCAUUGUUAAUACACGAACCCAACGAUCCAAUAGAAUUUCUCGUACAUCGAGUGGAAGACAUAAUACAUUUCCGGAAUCACCGUGGCAAACCACCGAUUCUGUUCACCAAAGAUUAUUUAACAAAUGUUUUUAAGGGUGUAGACUUUUUAAAUAAGGGUACGAUUGAUCUAAGUGAAUACUUCAGUGCUAUGAAGAUGCUGGGAUUAUGUGAAAAUGAUUUCAACCAAAAUCCACAGGUGAACGAAAAAAACCAAAUUGAAUGUAAAGUAUUCGUAUAUGAGGCAAAAUUUGCGUUAAUAAAACAAAUGGUCACGAUGGUACAGUAA